GCUGUGGGGCAGCGCUGGGUGCUGUGGGUGUCUCUGUAGCAGUGACUGAUCGGGGCGGCGCCAGCGCUGGGGGCGGACUAUUUGAGCGGAGCCUCCGCUCCUCAGAGCCGCGGCCGCCGCCGGAGCACUUGAGCGGCGGCUUCUCGCUCUCCGCCCGCAGGAGGAGGAAGAGGAGGAAGAAGAGGAAGAAGAGGAAGAAGAGGCUUCGCUGCCGCCUCUCCGCUCCUCCGCCCCUCUUCCCCUUCCGCCCCACACCUUUAUGGACGAGCGCCGGAGCUUGCUCCACUCUCCGGCUGCCUCCUCCUGCAGCCGCCAUCCGCGGGGCGGCUCGACCAGCAGCCACCACAACCUGGGCUACACCGAGCCGCUGCCCCCCGCCGCCCCGCAGCCGGCCCCCGAGCAAGAGGAGGGAGAAGGUGACGAAGGGGAGGAAGGCAGCAUGACCGUGGUGGGAGGAGGCGGCGGCGGCGGCGACCCUUUGCUGGAGGAGCCGCAGCAGCAUCCUCACCCUGCGCUCGGGGGGGACCGCUACGAGCACCCCCAGGCUCCGGCCGCCGUCCCCACGGGUCAGCCCGCGGGCGGGGGGGAGCACGAGUGCUGCGAGCGGGUGGUGAUCAACAUCUCGGGGCUGAGGUUUGAGACCCAGCUGAAGACCCUGGCGCAGUUCCCCGAGACGCUGCUGGGGGACCCUCGGAAGAGGAUGCGCUACUUCGACCCCCUGCGCAACGAGUACUUCUUCGACCGAAACCGGCCCAGUUUCGAUGCCAUCCUCUACUACUACCAGUCGGGUGGGCGCAUCCGGAGACCCGUCAACGUCCCCAUCGACAUCUUCUCCGAGGAGAUCCGCUUCUACCAGCUGGGGGAGGAGGCCAUGGAGAAGUUCCGGGAGGAUGAGGGGUUCAUUCGAGAGGAGCAGCGGCCACUUCCCGAUAAGGAGUUUCAGCGCCAAGUGUGGCUCCUCUUUGAGUAUCCCGAGAGCUCUGGGCCAGCCCGAGGCAUUGCAAUUGUCUCUGUCCUGGUCAUCCUUAUCUCUAUUGUCAUCUUCUGUCUGGAGACCCUGCCAGAGUUCAGGGAUGACCACGACUAUGAGGGAACUGGGGGGACAUUUGGGAUGGGUGGUGGUCCUCUCCAACCUGAUGUCUUCACCAACUCCUCGUCCCCGGCUACUUCCAUGGUGUCAUCCUUCACCGACCCUUUCUUUGUGGUGGAGACUUUGUGCAUCAUCUGGUUCUCCUUUGAGCUGCUGGUCCGUUUCUUUGCCUGCCCUAGCAAGGCCACCUUCUCCAAGAACAUCAUGAACAUCAUUGACAUUGUGGCCAUCAUUCCCUACUUCAUCACGCUGGGCACUGAGCUGGCUGAGAGGCAAGGCAACGGCCAGCAGGCCAUGUCCUUGGCCAUCCUCAGAGUCAUCCGGCUGGUCAGGGUCUUCCGUAUCUUCAAGCUGUCCCGGCACUCCAAGGGGCUGCAGAUCCUGGGGCAGACCCUCAAGGCCAGCAUGCGGGAGCUGGGCUUGCUCAUCUUCUUCCUCUUCAUCGGCGUCAUCCUCUUCUCCAGCGCCGUUUACUUCGCAGAAGCUGAUGACCCCAGUUCAGGUUUCAGUAGCAUCCCUGAUGCCUUCUGGUGGGCAGUGGUGACCAUGACCACAGUGGGCUACGGGGACAUGCACCCCAUCACCAUUGGGGGCAAGAUCGUGGGGUCUCUCUGUGCCAUCGCUGGGGUCCUGACCAUCGCCCUUCCCGUGCCUGUCAUAGUCUCCAAUUUCAACUACUUCUACCACCGGGAGACAGAAGGUGAGGAGCAAGCCCAGUACAUGCACGUCGGGAGCUGCCAGCACCUCUCCUCCAGCGAGGAGAUGAGGAAGGCUCGCAGCAAUUCCACCCUCAGCAAGUCCGAGUACAUGGUGAUCGAGGAAGGGGGGAUCAACCACAGUGCAUUCAAACAGGCUGCCUUUAAAACAGGCAACUGCACAACCACGAACAAUCCCAACUGUGUGAACAUCAAAAAGAUCUUUACGGAUGUUUAAAAAUCAGCACCCCCCCCUCCCCUAACCCGAACCCAACCAAACAGCAACAAAAUCUGAGGGUGAGGUAGAAAAUCAAACCAACAAUAAUGAUGCAAAGUGACUGUGUCCUCGGUGUCGUGUGGAACAUGCACCAUCGUCGGUCUCUGUGUGCCCUCGGGUUUAGACGUUUGUUUUUUUAGCUCCUUCCUUUCUAAAGAGCCAAAUAAAGAUCUCAGAUUCUCCAGAGGACGGCGCAAAGGUAAAAGAGGAGGAAGAUGAAGACAAAACCCACUCGCUGCCCAAACAAGUGGUUGUUCUGCAACGUGUUGCAGGGCUGCUUUUGUUUUCUCGGCUUUGGGGACCUCUCGCUUUGCUCCUGGAUUUCUCCCCCUCUUUUCCUAAGGCAGCGUGUAGCCGAUUUCCCUUCCAUCACAUAAACUCACUUGUUGGAUUAACAGCCCAGGACUGGGUGGGGAGACAAGGAAAUCAUGUUGCAGAGCGUGCUGGAAGGGGGGGUGGGAGGAAAUGACCAUUUAAUUUUGCAGAGCCUCUGUUACCACAUUGCUAAAUGAUGCUUCACAUCAAAACGUGAUGUGCUGCUACGGGCACAUCACAGAUUCCCUUUCUCCUUCUUUAGAUUGUUCAGGGAAUCCUAAUCUGAUCGGAGACCAAGGGCAGUCACUGCUGAUUGAAAUAGAGAAAACCAGCCCCCAAACCCUCAUUUUCUGUUCUUAAUUCCCUUCCUCUGUAACCCUUUGGUAUCAUUUCAUCCAGCAUCAGAUCUGUGGCUGUGCAGCGGGUCUGGGUACAGGGAGGAGGGAGGUGAAAGGGGAUGGUUACAGGAGCUGACGGUGCACAGGGAGCGAUGCCGACAUGGACCAGGGGGUGCAGGAUCCAUGAUGGGCUCCUCUGCAGCCUCCAACAACCCAGCUGGAGACAAAGGGAUAUUUCCUCCUUGUGUUUUGGGUUUGGGAGAGAUGCAGCCGCUUAUCGCAAGGAGAUUAAAGUGGCAAACACGCCUUCCAGCGGAAGUCACUGAUUCGGACAGGAGUGAUGCAGUUGCCAUGGCGACCCUGGUUUCCUGGGAAACCCCCAAAGGUUGUCAUGGCACCCCUUCUCCCAUCCCCCCUUGGGCCUCGCUCUUCCCGCAAAAAACCUUUCCAGAUGGUUCCAGCCCCGUCAUCCCUCAGGACCCUGCAGCUCGGCCACGCGACGUGACCCCAUCCCAGCACUCCAUUCCCAGGCCAUGGCCACGGUGUGCCUUCCCUCUGCUGAAUAAAGCUCCCACAGGCAAUAAGCACACCCCAGACCCAGCGCUCCCUGCAGAGGAGCUCACACCUUGGCACUGAGAUUUGGGGAUAGAGCCUCAUCUGCAAGCACCGAGAACAGCCUAGAGCUCGCCCUGCACCCCAUGAGCCCUGGUGUAUUCCCUAAAUCCCAUGUGAAACGGCUUCGAGCAGCAGUCGGGAAAGCUCGGCUGAGGAACUCCAUCAGCUUUUGGAAACCAGAUGUGUAAAGAGCAGGAUGGAAAAGUAACCAACCCCCCGCCGGGAUAAACACACCGGCUUCAUCCUUAUGUGUGCACCAGGGGCCACGGGACAUCUGAUGGGAUCAGAUAACAGAAGAAGUUUCAAACUUAAGACCUUCAGGAGUGUGUUGAGAAAUCAAAUGACUCCAAGGAGAUGGCGAAUAUCAUGGACACGGUGACUGAUGCUGCUGUGGAUCCGACCGACACAGGAUCUGUCCUCCCCCGUGAAACCCAUUUCAUAUUUCAUCUAUGAAAUACCUGCCACGUUAUCUGGGUUUUCUAACAAGUGCAUUAUGUAGAAGGGAACAUCUUUGCAGCCAGAAGAUUAUCUUCAAACCAUGUGCAAUAUAAUGAGACUGAACAAAGCCAGGAAGGAGGAGGAGGGAGGUGGAAACCAUUUGGACAUUAUUUUAGUCUUUUUUUAUAGAAUUUAAAAAUAUCUCUUGGAAGAUGAAGCAACCCAAAAGGAAACAUAAACCAGAGCUGCUAAUAAGCAGUCCAAGUGUUUUGCUUGGGGUGGGAGGGAAAUGGGGGAAGUUCAGUCGCUCUCACUGUUCCCUGUGGAAGGCCACGGGCUGUUUUCAUCACUGGGAUGUGAAUAAUUCCUGUUCCAUUUUCCUGACUUUCCUGUAAAUGCUCUUCAUGAGUAGGUAUGUGCUGUACCAAAGGUUGUGAUUUAUUGUAAGUCCUCAUUAGGAAAGGAACAUCUCCACUGAUUCUGAGGAAUAUGGUGUUGAACAGUCAACAAGUUGUGCCUUCCUUUCAGGAUCCUUCCAUGAAAAGCUAAGGAAAAGUGCGAUCUCCAGGGGUGGAAAAGGUGUAAAAACCUGAUCCUGGCUGGUCGUGCCUCUGAAUUUCGUAAGAGCCCAUAUGCCCUUCUCUGCUGUUCCAUGGUACUUCAAUCCCAAGGGAAUAUUAUAGUAUUGUCUUGCUAAUACUAUAAUAAACAGGAAGCCCAUCACUCCUUUGCUGUUGCUGUUUCAUUUUGCAUGCCAAGGUCUUCUCUGUGGUGGGUUAAGAGCUGUGGGUUGCCCACACUGGGCUGUGAAGCUGUUAAACCUGGGGUUUCUAUAACCUCACUGCAUUUCCUAGGACCUAGAUCCAUUUCCUAGGACCAUAUGAGUAAAUAUUAUCCCAGUGCAAUGGGAUAGAUGGUUUGCAAAGGGAUAAAUCAUCUGCAAAGGCAUAAAUGCAAACGGCAAAGGGAUUGAUGGUUUCUUCUGAUGGCUCCCUGUCCUUGCCCCAGCAUCAUCCGCCUCUGCACGCUGCCUCCAUCCCAGCUUUGAGACUAAAACCCACCUGGCACAUACUCUGUUGAAGGAGCAAGGUGAUACAACAGCAUUGUUAUGGUACUCAGGUGAGGCCGGGAGCCUCUGUGUCUGCAUUGCAAUAAGUGACCAGGAACGGUCUGGGGAAUGUAAUUUGGACUGGACCAAGGAAAGUGAGCUGGAGCUUGCUCUGAAGCAGAGGAUGCCCAAGGGGAGGUAGCGGGAGACAAAACCAUGAGGCAUGUGAAGCAGACUCUUGAAUUCAUGUCACUGAUUGCUUUGGGUCCAUGUCCAAGGACAAGACUUGAGGUCUUCACUGGAGACCUGGAAAGUGGAGCAAGGACCACUCUGCCUGGAGGGCAGCACUGCAACCUGGAUCCUUCACUGAGCAGAGCUCUUUACCUGCAUUUCAAACCAGAUCCCGGGCAGGAGAUGGGGAACAUUCACAGGAGACACAUGUGGGAUGCUUCAAGGCACAACCCAAGUGAGGAUGCACUUAAAAAUAAACAACCUACAUAGAAGGAAGGCUCUGAAAUGGGAAAACUCAAGGGAAUAUUCAUGGCAAAGCAACCAGCUGUCUGUACCAUGUGUUUCUCCUUGCAGAAGAGCUUUGAAGAUGAACCAAGAGGGUUUCUGAGGCACCGUUCAGGGCUGGGAUUGCUCCAGACCUAUCUGCAGUUCAGCAUCCUCUUUUUCUGGCUGUCCCCAGUGCAAACUUCAGCCGAAAUGAGGAUUGAGAAAUCCCCUUCACGGUGGGGAAAUGAUGUGCUUCUUAAAGGAAUGUGUUGGCUUUGGUGAGGCUACGUUUGUUUUGUUUGCUUUUUAAACAUGGAUCAUUUCUUGGCUUGGAUUCCUCCUUCUGUAGUGGCAGAUGUGUCGUUAGUGAUGGAGAAAGACCUUGUUCCUGGGAGCAGGGUUUGGGGGUCCCAAAGAUGAAGGUUUCUUGGGCUCUGCAUUGGUACAGGCUGGGGACAACAGGCUGAGACAGGGAGAGAUAAACAAGAGUGAAAUCCCACCCGUUUUAGUCAAAGCUGGGUUGCCCACCUUGGGGAAUGAAGAGCAAAUACGGAUCUGGCCCUUAGUGCGACAUUGCUCCUUGGGCUUGUUUGCAUUUAGUCCCAGCAUGGUAGAAACCCUAUGGUCACUGGAGCUGUGGAUGAAUGACUUGGAAAAGGGCUGGUGCUGCUGGCACUGGGGUUUGCCAUGGUUUUUGCAGCACGAGGUCCAGAGGGAGGUGGGUUGGGAACCAGGGCUGCCGGGAGAGCCCAAGGAGCAGAUCUCUGAUCCCUCAGGGAUUUGCUGGGCAUGCCAAGGCUUGACAGAGGGAUGCCGGGGAUUCGUGGAGGUGAAGCAUCCCGUGGUGUGAAAUCAAUCUGGUGUGAAAGGCGUCUGCACAAAUCAAAGCUAAUUGGGAUGGUGGCUCUCAUUAACUUCACAUCUGAUCAUGCCCUGCCCUGAGGCAGCCGGCAGGGGGUAGGGAAUGGAAGCUCCUCCAUGGGAUCCUCCAUCUCUGCCAGCAAAUCCCUCGGGAUCCGGCAGUAACCUCGGCACUGCUGCAGCCUGAGGAUGGGCUUAAAGAGCUUUUUCCUUUGUGACCAACUGUGUCUUAACGUGGCACAGCCAAAACCCGCCUCCCGGGCAUCUGUCCCAUGCCCUGAUUUGGGACCAGUGCUCCCCGGGGCUGUCUGAUCCUGCAGAUGCAGGGUAGAAUGUACCAGUACUAAAAUGAUCCUUAACUUUCACCAGAAUUUCUGAGCACCAGAAUUAAUGCUCAGACCAUAAAAACUCUGAAACCUUUAAAAGCCCCUUUAAAAGAGACCGGAAAAGGUCACUGGUAUUCAGGGAGUGAGGGCUGAGCCUGUUUCCAUCACCCCAAAUAACUGAGCAGUGGCCUAUUCCCCAUUACCAUGGAUGGAGCUGCCAGAAGGCUGGGGGAGAUGAGACUGGGCUUUCUGGGGAGAUCUCGCCUCCAAACCCACUAAGAGCCUGUAAAACAGAUCUGUUUGCAGCAUUCCCUCAUCAUUAUGGGUUCACAGCGUGCUCUGGAGGCUGCAAAGGUGAUUGAACAAAGCUUUUAGCAACCCUGAAAUCUCAAGGGACUGACCCAGAAAGCACUUUUCUACCGUGCUGGUGAUUCUGGGGCUGCAAACAGCCAAAGGACCCACUGAAGGUCUGACCCAGUGUCCCCCCACAGCCCUGCAGACAGUCCUGGGUUGCCCACAGUGGGAAUGGCUCAUUAACAGGAGAAGAGCUGACAUUCUAGAUCGCAACACAGACCUGGAUCUUGGGAAGCCCUGGUCCCAAAGGUGUUAAAUUUAGUUUCUUUUGGAACACGAUCUAGUAGCCCUUAGAAUGGGGGAUAGGAUGUACCAGUACUAAAGUGAUCUUUAUUUUUCACCAGUGUUACAGAGCUUUUGUAUGGCUUGUGUGUGUGUAACAUAACUAUACCUCUGUUUGCAGCAGCCACUUUGUUAAAGCGUCUCUCUGUUAGGGUUCAAGAGCAUAUUUUGAUAAGCAAAGUGAUGGGAAAUACCAGACCCCUUCACCCAUUUGUGUUGGUGGCUUCCCACAGCAGAAUGCCUGUGGCCACCCACUGCUCUGUUCCUCCCAACCAGCACCAAACCCACCCCAUGGACAUCUCCCACCGAUGCUGAUCUUGCCGAAUCUCCACCUCCUCUUGGUAUUGUACAUCCUGGCCUUGACCACUUUGCUCCACGCUGUUGGGUUUCUUUUGCUUGGUCGCUGAGCCAGCUAACUGUUAAUGUGCUAUUUCCGAUUAACUGAGUUUGCUAGUCUCUACUUGUCAGUCCCGUACAUUAAUGUGUUGCCAUGACUCUGGCUCGCCUUGUGUGUCUUAAAGAUAGUGAUGGUAUGG